CGUUGAUUGGCAAGAUUGAACCCAACCGAGGCCGUCUUGCCACUCAGAAAUUGAUUUAUAAUUAUCGCUACGAAAGCACUAGUGCGACGAUUGAUUAUGAUUAUAGUCUAGCUUUAGAUGCGGUAAACCUUACUACGUGGUGUGCGGUUUCUUUCGGCUUUUAUUUUUUUCUGCUCAAUGAUUUUUUGAGGUUUUCAUAAAAGGAAGCCCUGCGAGCAUCGACCACGCAGCUCGGCAGGUGUAAAAAUCAAGGAAGGACAUAUCUGCAUAGAUGCAAAUGCAGACACUUUAUCUCCGAUCCCGCUUAGCUGCACGACUUUGCGCAUUAUCGAGCGCGGCAUAUACCCGUAUCUCCAUUGCGAGCACUCUCGGAUAUUCUAUCACGAGCAAAAGAAAAAUGACAGACAUCAGAACUAGCAGUCCCAUGCCCUCAGCGGCAAACCAAAAAGGGGCUGUCAGCGCUGAAGAUGACGGCCUGACACUCGCCGAUCUCCCCAAAUCAUGGCGCUUCACCUCGGCCCUCCCGGCCGACCCAGAAUACCCUACCCCAGCCGACUCACACAAGACGCCGCGCGAGCAGAUCGGCCCACGCAUGGUCCGCGGAGCCCUCUUCUCCUGGGUUCGGCCGGAGCGGCAAAGGGAUCCGGAGCUGCUCGGCGUCUCCCCUGCAGCCCUGCGCACUUUGGGCAUCCGACCCUCGGAGGUCCAUACCGACGAAUUCCUGCAGACGGCCGUCGGCAACAAGCUCCACGGCUGGAGCGAGGAGAAGCUCGAGGGCGACGGCUACCCCUGGGCACAGUGCUAUGGUGGCUUUCAGUUCGGCCAGUGGGCAAAUCAGCUGGGCGACGGCCGCGCCAUCAGCCUGUUUGAGGCCACCAACCCAAAGACCGGGGAGAGGUACGAGGUGCAGCUCAAGGGCGCCGGCCUGACGCCCUACUCCCGCUUCGCCGACGGCAAGGCCGUGCUACGCAGCAGCAUACGCGAGUUUGUCGCCAGCGAGAGCCUGCACGCUCUGGGUGUCCCCACGACGCGCGCCUUGGCACUGAGCCUGCUGCCUCACCAAAAGGUGCGCCGCGAGACCGUCGAGCCGGGUGCUAUUGUAGUUCGGUUUGCGCAGUCGUGGAUAAGGCUGGGUACCUUUGAUCUGCUCCGCGCCAGGGGCGAUAGGGAUUUGAUCCGCAAGUUGGCCACCUAUGUGGCAGAGGACGUACUGGGUGGAUGGGAGAAUUUACCUGGUCGCCUUGUCGAUCCAGAUAAACCCAGCCUGGAGGAGUGUUCGCCCGCCCUAGCUUCCAUGGUCGAGUCUGCUGCGGAAGACUCAUCAAAAUCCCCAAUACGCCGUGGCAUCCCUGAAGCCGAAGUAGAGGGGCCCUCUGAGAUGGCUGAAAAUCGGUUCGUCCGUCUAUACCGCGAAAUAUGCCGUCGCAACGCCAUCACGGUCGCCCACUGGCAGGCCUAUGGGUUCAUGAAUGGCGUACUGAACACGGAUAACACAUCCAUAAUUGGCCUGUCCAUGGACUACGGCCCAUUUGCGUUUGUCGACGUCUUUGAUCCUUCCUACACGCCGAACCACGACGACCACGCACUACGGUACAGCUAUCGAAACCAACCUACCAUCAUCUGGUGGAACCUUGUGCGCCUAGGCGAGGCUCUUGGAGAGCUGCUCGGUGCGGGAGCAGACAUCGACGACCCAAACUUUGUGGACAAGGGCGUCAAGGACGAAGCGGCCGCCGAGCCCAUCAUCAGCCGCGCCGAGGCCCUCAUCACACAGGCCGGCACCGAGUACCGCGCCGUGUUCCUCGCCGAGUACAAGCGCCUCAUGUGCGCCAGGCUUGGGUUGCGGACGCACAAGGACUCGGACUUUGACAAGCUCUUCAGCGAGCUUCUCGACACAAUGGAGGCGGCAGAGCUCGACUUCAACUUCUUCUUCCGCCGCCUGAGCUCCCUGCCGCUUACCGACAUCAGCACCGAGGCCGACGCCGAGAAGAACGCAUCGCUCUUCUUUUACGAAGAGGGCGUUACCGGCAUCCUGGGCGAGGAGAAGGCCAGGAAGCGCGUGGGCGCCUGGCUGUGCGCCUGGCGGGACCGCGUCAGGGAAGACUGGGGCGAGCCUCGAGAUGCAGAGCGCAUGGAGGCCAUGAGGCGCGUCAACCCCAACUUUGUGCCCAGGGGAUGGAUCCUCGACGAGGUCAUCAGGAGGGUAGAGAAGGAAGGCGAGCGCGACGUCCUCAGGCGUUUGAUGCAUAUGUCUCUCAACCCGUUCGAUGAGAGCUGGAACGGCAAGACCUUUGACGGCAAAAUAUACGAGGGUGAUGAGGCAGAGGAGAAGCGGUGGAUAGCCAAUGUUCCCAAGUACAAGAGAGCAAUGCAAUGCAGCUGCAGCUCUUGAUCUGAUUACUGGAUUUCUUGUAAUGUACCAAAUCAAACAAUCGCCCUGGGCCGAGAAACCCAUCAAGGCAAGCAAUGCAUAAACAGCUCAGAUAUUAUUUCUAUGGUGUCUCGUCUCUUGCUUGAUCUAUUUCGUCAGCCUUCGAAUAGAAGCAUAUGAUGAAAGAGACAAAGCGAAUCAAACGACUAACAUGGAUAAGUACCUAGCGAUGUAAACUUCCACGCAUUGGUCCCGCAUUAACAAAACUUACAUGCACACCUGCUUGCUUGAGGCAACGCAUGAGCCCUGAAUAGAACAAAAAGAAAAGAUAAGAAAAGAAAAAAAAUAAAACUUGCAACAAUCUUGAC